AUGGCUGACAUGAACAGUGCUAAAGUGGACCAGGCAGAACCUCGACUGGUGGAACUCAUAAGAGACUACUAUAUUGAGGCACCUUCUUUGGAGCCGUACAACCUUGACUUCCCCAACAGGUUGGAGUACUCAAACGGGCAAACACCUCUGGUCGACAGCAGACUUAACUAUAUGGAAGGUGGAUUUUAUGUCGAAUGCGGAGGACUGAACGGAGAAAAGGGAUCGAAUACUCUAUUCUUUGAGAAAGUAAGGAAAUGGAAUGGGCUGCUAAUUGAAGGCGAUCCGUCAAACUACGCCAUGUUGAAGUCAAAACACAGGAAGGCGUUUUCCAUGAACGCAUGUCUGUACCCAUACACAUUUCCCGCUGAGGUAAAUUAUCACCAGGCGUUCAACCUAGGCCGGAUCAUGCACGCCGAGUCGGUUGCAGCCUGGAACAAACAUAAUAGAAUCAAGGCUGACCCAGCUCAGGUACAAUGCUUUCCAAUCUAUUCCGUUUUAUUGGCCAUGAACCGGACGACAGUCGAUUUCUUCAGUCUAGACAUUGAGGGGGACGAGCUUGGAGUGCUAAAGACGAUACCAUUCGAAAAAGUUGACAUCAAAAUGUUAGCUGUUGAAUAUUCUCAUGGACCUGGUGGAUAUCAUGCUUUGCAAACAUUCAUGGAAAAAAAAGGAUACGAGACAUUACUGAAAAUGUCACGUGACGAUUGGGGUGUAAACGACCUCAUCUUCAGAAAGAGAGGGCUAAAGCACUGA